AUGGACAGCGCUACGUGUAAUGUCAUCUACGUGGAUCGCAACGUCCGCGAGGACGCGCACCUCACCAGAUCGACCAACAACUUGAGCGCUGCACUGGACAAAGCCGGUGAGCUUCGGGCCAACUUGGAGCUCCUCAUAGACGCCUUUGGCCAUGUUCACGUGUGUGCCAGCGGCGCUGCUUGCAUAUCCAGAUUAUUUCAGCUGCAUGACACGUCCCUCGUCGAGUUGAAGCCGACGCUGGUGCUGAUAGAUACGCCACACGACGAACAGAUCAUAGACUCGGCCCCUUCUUCGCGAGAUCCUUCACCACACUCGAGGGUCUCUGGGAAUGUGUCUCAACGAGAGUGCGUGGACGAACAAGGAUACGGGUUGCGUUUGCUGGAGAGGAUUGUGUACGAAUCACACUCGCGCAAUCUCUCCAAGCUGGUGGUGCCAAUACCCGUUGUCACCUUCCCCUUGUUACAGAGCCCUCCCGCCAACGACAACCCGAAUGACGGUUCUUUCCAGACUCCAUACGCGGGGUACCUCGCGGAAACAGCCGACCCGGCGAGCAGGCUGUUGACCAACAGGGGGCUUUUGAGAAAAUGUCUCGAUUCGGGCGCCAUCGACGUUAUGGCAAGUCCACUGCACAUGAAAACGUUGACGACACUCGAGGUGCACGCGUAUCGAGCUCACAAAGAGGCGGCGAAAGAGCAGCAAGCCCUACUCGAGAUCAGCCGGGGUCGGAAACGCUCUUGGGUCGGCAUGCACGAAGAACAGCCUUUUUCGUAUCUCCGAGAAGCCAUGGUGUCAAAUCUUAUGAGCGGCAUCUGUAGAUCGGGUACGGAAACCGACGUUGGGAUUGGCAGUGUCAAGAUAUGCGUGUCUAGUGAACGCCGCGCUGAAAUUGCCCAUGCCGUGGGGAGGUGGCAUUUUUGCGCACACGACUUUUGCGACGACCAACUCCUGGUCGCUGCAAGUCUCAUCUUCAGGCACGCCUUCUCCAUGCCCGAGCUUGAACAGUGGCGGAUACCAACAGACCAACUCACCACGUUUCUUGUCGCGUGCCGUGCUGCGUACAACACAUUCGUGCCUUACCACAAUUUUCGGCAUGCCGUGGACGUGCUGCAGGCCACUUUCAACUUUCUAGUACACAUCGGCGCCCUACCGCCGUAUCCUGCGCGGUCUGGCGCUGACGUUACACCAACACAAAAGUCUCCGCUCGCCAUUCUCCUCAAGCCCUUCGAGGCGCUGACGUUGCUCGUGAGCGCCAUUGGGCACGAUGUGGGCCACCCGGGUGUCAACAACGGCUUCCUUGUUGUACUGAACGCACCGCUAGCGCAGUUGUACAACGAUCGCUCGGUUCUGGAAUCGUUUCACUGUGCCGCAUAUUCCCAGAUCUUGCGGAGGUACUGGCCCCAGGUGUUUGGGGAUACGAAAAUGCGGGAUCUCAUGAUCAGUUCCAUCCUCGCGACGGACAUGGGCCUUCACUUUGACUACAUGACGAAACUCGGCAGCCUUCAGGAGAGGUUACACGAGAACAACUCAACGGACGGGUGGAACGGACGUACCGUCGAAUCCGAGACUGCGCUCGCUUGUGCGCUUCUGAUCAAAUGCGCCGAUAUCAGCAAUGUGGCGCGCAAACACGAUGCGGCUCUACAGUGGAUGCACAUCCUCUGUGACGAGUUCUCGAGGCAGGCGUCGAUGGAAAGCCAAAUCGGCAUUCCUUCCUCGCUCAUCGCAGAACCGAAGAAGGACUACCUGUCGCUAGCAAAGGCGCAACUCGGCUUCAUGAACAUGUUUGCUCUUCCUUUAUUUCAAGGAGUAGCGGAUAUCUUGCCGUCCAUGCAAUAUACGGUCGAUGAGCUGGAAGAUAACCGAAUGCUCUUCGAAAUAUCCCUCCAGGAGCUGCCUGAGAUGGAUGAAGAGCGGAAGAAGCGCGUGCUAGAAGGCGCCUUGUCGCCACGCAGUAUGAGCGUAGCGUUUGGGCCCGGAGAUUCGAUGGAUUCGUCUUCAGGCAAGACGUUGGAACCACCGAUGCAAAACAUUCUCGAGAAUCAUACCGAGAUGAAGAAGGCAGGGUCCUCGCUUCCGGAUCAAUUGCCACACAUUCCUAACGUGGCCGAGCAAUACAAGGAGGUAAACGGGGCCGCUGCCAACUUCGACACUAUGGCAGAUUUUUCCGCCAGCGACCCGUUCAGUAUCAACGAUCAUGAUCGAGCCGUCGGCCACAAUGGGAAGCAGCGUUGUAGCGAAACGACGGAGGGAAGCAACUCGUUGCUUUAUUCAGGUGAUUGGGCAUCACAGGCCACAAGUGCCACUACUGGGAAGAUGCCGUUGUCUCCUAGUACGCAAGGCACCAGUAUCAUCAGCCAGGAGUCAGUGGAAAGGCCGUCAAGUGUUCCGGCACCAGCUGCCCCUGUUCCGGAGGCAAACCACUAUUUAGCGCCUCCGAUGCUACCAAUGGAUCCUGUCAAUUCAGAGGAGGAGCACUCUAAUGAAAGCACCCUGAAGACUGACAAAUCGCUGAAGAAAAAGCCAAGUCGGUUUAGGAUGAAGGCGGUAAAUAUUUUUAGAUGGAAUAAAGGUGGCAGUUCGCCAUCCUCGAACGGAGGAGACCCCCUUGGAUGA